AUGAGGAAGAUUCCUAGCAGCUCGCUGUACGUGUCCCGUCCCACGUGGUGGCUGGAGUCGCGCUUCCACUUCAGCUUCGCGGAGUAUUUCAACCCGGCCAAUCAGGAGUUCGGCGUGCUGCGCGUCCUCAACGACGACCUCGUCCAGGUCCCUCCCACACGCCUUUCACCUUCUUUCUUCAUAACUUGUCCUUCAGCCCCUCAAUUUGCACCUUGUAGAGGAUUUUGCUUGGAGCAUUCUAGACUCAACUCCUCUGCUGCUUCCAUCUCCCUGUCCCUCUGUGUCGUUUCACCUAACCAUGCUGGGCAGCCCAACGCCGGGUUUGGGACACAUCCGCACCGCGACAUGGAGAUCAUCACGUAUGCCGUGGACGGGCAGCUCACGCACAAGGACAGCAUGGGGACAGCGGAGACGUUGGGGCGUGGGUGCGUGCAGUACAUGAGUGCGGGCACUGGCGUCACGCACUCCGAGAUGAACAACUCCGGCCAGCUGCAACGGUUCAUUCAGAUCUGGGUGAAGCCGAAUGCAAGGGGUCUUAAGCCCAACUAUGGCUCGCGCACCUUCAGCAAGGGCGAUCGUCACAACAAGCUACAGCAAGUGGUGACCAGCUAUGACCGCUAUGGUUCCAAUAAGGAUGCAGGAUCGGGAAUCAUUCCCGUGAAUCAAGACGUCAACAUCUUCGUGUCGGAGAUGGAUGGCUCGCUGCCUGGUGCUGCUGCGAGGAGCUUGGAGUACACACUGCAGACGGGGCGGCAGAUGUACCUGCUGUGCAUUGAGGGCGGCCUCACUGUGACUUCCAAAGAGAGUGGCAUCAAGGAGAUGCUUGAUGCCCGCGAUGCUCUGGAGACCCGUUCACCACCUCCCGUGGCAGCAGCUGCUGCCUGUGGGGCAGCAGCAGUGUCUCUGACAUGA